UUGAGUAUAUUAACAGCAUCUUGCACAGUUUAAUAGUGUUGGAGUGUGGGUUAAUUCUCUACAUUGAAACCAUGAGGGCGAUUUGGGUUCUGCUUUUCGUUGGUCUCGCAGUCGCGAAUUCAAACACGCUUCCUGAAGAACCACCAGAUCUGUAUGAAGGAGACAUAAGGCCGGCUCCUGGAGACGAGUUCGACUACUCAAAUGAAGGGGAUGUUGAUGGGAACUCUGGGGCUUCAAAGAGAAACGCAAUCCGCAAUCGAGGCAGCCUCUGGUCGGGCCUCGUGGUUCCUUACGUCAUCGACUCCCAGCUUGAUGCAGAGGCUUCCGCUAUCGAGGCAGCCAUCACUCAAUUCAACGCAGCUAGCUGUCUAAAGUGGAAACCACGCACUGCUAACGAAUAUUACGUCAGGUUUAUCAAGGAUGUAGGAUGCUGGUCGUACGUUGGCAAAAUUGGGUUCUCCGACGGCUAUCAGAGCCUGAGUCUUGGUGAGGGUUGCACCACUUCGGUAGGCACCAUGCUCCACGAGAUGAUGCACGCAGUCGGAUUUUUCCACGCACAGUCACGAUCCGACAGGAACAACUACGUGGAAAUCAUGUGGGAGAACAUCCAAGACGGUAAGGAGCAUAACUUCAACAAGUAUAAUAAAUUUGACAUUGACGAGCUGAGCCUUCCCUACGACAUUGAGUCCGUCAUGCACUAUGGAAACACGUACUUCAGCAAAAACGGCAAGCCCACCUUACAAAGGAUCGGAAACCCAAGCUAUCCACUCGGCCAGCGAAACGGCUUUAGCGCUAAUGACAUAGAACAGCUCAAUAGGCUCUACAGUUGCGACGUUGCUGCAGGUGGGUGGAGCCAAUGGAGCUCAUUCACCCCAUGCGAUGACGCUUGCAUGAAAACCCGCCAGCGAUUUUGUAGGAGCCUUGACUCUGCCGCCUGUGAUGCUGCUAUUCCUAACGGAGUUCAACAAAACACAGUCGCCUGUUCAUCAGAAGAGUGUAACGCGCCUGUCGAUGGUCACUGGGGCCGCUGGUCAUCUUGGGGAGCCUGCAGUAAAUCAUGCGGUGAUGGAACUCACGUCAGAACAAGAUUGUGUGACGAUUCCCAGGCCAAGAAUGGCGGCAGUGGGUGUGUCGGUGACAGCUCCCAAUCCGAGGCCUGCAACCUGGCGUCGUGUGGACUGGGUCCUGAUGACUGCGAGUUUAAUAAUGGAGAUUGUUUCUGGGUACCCGACCCGUCCUCCAGCGCCUCCUACUGGUCUCGAUCGCCAGCUGGUACCCCUAGCGGCUACACCGGACCCGCCGGGCCCAGGACUGGACUAGGGUAUUACGUUUAUGCUGAGGCGUCGCAAUGCGCCGAAGGCAGCGCUGUACGACUGAUGAGCAAACAAUUCCCAGCUACUGCCGGGCGCUGCAUGAGUUUCUACUAUUACGCGUACGGGCUGACAUACGGUAGCUGGAAUAUCUACGUUCGAGACAGCGCUGGCGCGAUGAGGAAGAUAUACGGGAAAGUGGGUAGUCAGGGAGAACAGUGGUUUAAAGACAGCGUUUCUAUCACCAGCUCUACAAACUACCAGGUCGUAUUUGAGCUCGUCUGUGGAAGCAACUACGCUAGCGACUUGUGCAUUGAUGACGUCAUGUUUACAGAUGGAGCUUGCUAAAACAAUAGCAAGGAAAACGUUUCAGAUGAGCUACAAAAUAUCAUCAAACAGAUAUUGAAUUCAGGAUCGUCCAACGGAUACACGUGCCGUCUUUGUUCGGAUCAUAGAUCUUUGCAAGCCGUAAAAUAGAUAAAAAAGUAAAAUAAUGUUAAUGAAAAUUUUUUUUAGAUUCAUAAUUUGAAGUAAUACUAAGUAGAACUAAUUGAAUAAAGCUUCAAAGUUCAUUCAAA